AUGGGUCAACUCAAAUUGAAGAAGCAUGAAGACAUUUUGAAUAAUGCGUUAGAUUAUUCGGAACAAAAUGAUGUUGAUGAUGAUCCAGAAUCUUAUGUGGUUGUUGGCCAAGAUUUUGAAGAACUAGUUUCACUAGAGGGUAGUGUAGUUAAGGAUGAUGAGGAAGCGUAUCAGUUAUACAAUAGUCAUGCUUUUAGGAAUGAUUUUGGUACUAGGAAGGGUAAAAAGGAGUAUAGGAAUGGUACCAAAAUAGUUCGGCAGCGGUUUUUUGUUUGUGCAUAUGAGGGUUUUAAAAAAGCUGAUGGGGUUGUGCCUAAAUCUUACAAAAAAAUUGAUAGGAGAACUGGAUGCAAGGCAUCAGUUCAGUUUGAUGUUGAUAAGAAAACCGGAGUGUAUGUUCUUUCUAAACACUCUCGUGUUCAUAACCAUUCAAUGGUUCCUGCCAAUAAGAGAUAUCUUAUUAGGUCACAUAGGAACAUAUCAAAAGAACAAUUGACCUUCCUUACUACUUUUAGUUAUAGUGGUACUAAGCUUGCCGAUGUUCUUAGAGCAAUGAGGAAAGAAGUAGGUGGUGAAGCUCAUUUAGGAUUUACUAUUCCUGAUGCAUAUGAUGCCGUUAAUGCGGAGAAAAAGAAGAAGUUGGAUGGUUGUGAUUCAAAUCAAUUGAUUAGGUGGUUUGCUACGAGACAAGCUAAUAAACACGGCUUUUAUAAUGAUUUUCAACUUAAUGAAUUUAAUCAACUGAACAACUUUUUUUUUUGGAGAGAAGGGAGAAUGCAGUCUGAUUAUGAAGCAUUUGGGUAUUUAUUGAUUCAUGAUACAACUUAUCGUACUAAUAAAUACGAUAUGAUAUGUGGUCCUUUUGUUGCAAUGAAUCUCCACACUCAAAAUAUCAUGUUUGGAGUUGGGUUUCUUUUGAAUGAGAAGGCAUGUUCUUUUGAGUGGCUUUUAAAUUCUUUUUUGACUUCUAUGGGUGGGAAGAAACCUGUGACCAUCAUGACUGAUCAGUAUUCUGCAAUGGAGAAGGCUAUAAGUCGUAUGCCUGAUUACAAUUGCAAGGCACAUUCAUGGAUAGAGAGGUUAUAUGGUUUGAAAGAGAAAUGA